AUGCAAUCCAUCAACGUUCAGCAGCCCUCUGUAAGCCAGCGAAACAAAGCUACGCCACCAAAUACAAAGAAAGUUAAGCUUCAGUUUGACUAUUCACCGAGUCAAGAUGGUAUUGAUCAGAAUCUACUCAUUCUAUUACACGGAUUAGGUGAUUCCAAGACGCCGUUUGCAAAGCUUGGACAGCAACUCAAAUUACCUCAAACCGCAACGCUCUCUGUGCAGGCUCCAGAACCAGUACCUUAUCUGGAGGGGUGUUAUCAAUGGUUUCCUAGCUUUGACAUGCUCACAGGCGAUUUAUUGACGCCUGCAAACCCAGAGAGGUUGAAAGGCUUACUUCGUACCCGCCAGAUGAUGGAUGAGCUUUUGCAACACUUGAUCAAUGAUUGUGGAUUCAAUCCCUCCAAUAUCUUCUUUUUUGGAUUCUCGCAAGGUGGCACAGUGGCAUUGGACGCAGCAUGCUUUGGUAAAGUGAGAAAUUUGGGCGGUGUUGUCAGCAUCAGUGGAUAUUUGCUAGAGGAGCAGCGUGUGGAUCGCAAACGAGGGGACGGAUAUGCUGGUUAUAUUCUUAUCACACAAGGCGAAAAGGACGGAACUAUUGGAGGCAAGGCAGAGGCAGAAAACAGGUUCAAGGCAGUCGAAAGACAAUGCGCUGCCUCAGCAGAAAUCUCUCAAAUCUUCAUCAUGAACAAGGAUCAUACCAUGCCUUCCUCAGAGAGAGAAUGGCGCUUAAUUCACACAUUCUUUGGAAAGAACAUGCCUAGACGAAAUAUCGAGCUGGAGAAUAUGUCUGAUGUUUAUUUGGUCAAUCCAUAG